AUGUGGAAAUCAUCACUCCGAAACGGAUUGUGCUUGAAGAAUUAUGAUCAUCAUAGAGCAUCAAUAUCGUUACUGGUCAAUAAUUACAAAUUAUUCAAUCAUAUAAAUAGGCGUUCUUUAAGAAGGAAUUUAAAAGGGUCGGAACAACAAUUUAAUUUAAAUCAAUUGUUAACAAAGGCAAUUGAAGAUGGAAUUCUUGAAGAAAAUCAUUUCAAGAACACCACUGUUAUUGACACUAAAAACUGUGCUCCACAUAGGAACAAUGAAAUUCAAAAUUUCAGAAAAUUAGACUCUUUACAAUAUGUUAUGAAUUUUGAUGAUUUGAAAGAAACUCCGAGCGAUGGAUAUAAACUGUUCGAAAAUUGUACAUUCACAUUGCUUUUUUCGGAGCCAAACACACAAGUUUGGAAGAUGACAAAUAUUGAUUAUGAACUAUUAGCAUAUUUCACGUUGAAGAAAUCUGAUUAUACACAUUCUCAUGACAAGAAAGCAAUAAUUACACUCUUUGAUGAAAGUUCGAAACACUGGGAUACCAUCAUCUCAAUUUCAGGUUAUCAAUCCGUUGUGAAUUGGGUUCAGAAAACUGUAAAGGACUGGUCACUCCAGAUGAAGAACUCGUCAUUUCCUUUACAAAAUCUCAACGUGUUAGACGCUGCUUGUGGAGGAGGUUACACAGCACAACCUAUUUUCACUACCCUCAAUCAUGAGAAUGGCCUCAAGACCAAUAUUAUGGGCAUUGACAUUUCUUCUGGCAUGUUGCAAGUAGCAUUGCAAAGAGCACCUCAAAUAUUCCAAAUGGGAAUGUCGACACAUGACCUCGAUGAACCAAUGAAACUAUUUCCUAACGAAUGUUUUGACAUCAUAUCUUGUGUUGGAGUUGUAGAGUUUUUACAAAAUUUUGAAAGUGUAACCUUACCAGAAUUUAAGAGACUAUUAAGAAAGGAUCAACACGCGGAGAUUUGGUUUACUGCUCAAUUUCAACCUGACCCAGCAGUGACAAGCAUUGAGAAAGAUAAAGAAGGCCACCAUCUUUACAACCAAACAAUUUUAGAAACACUCCUUGCAAAGCAUGAUUUAUAUAUAGCAGAGAAUGGCCUUGAAAUUAUUCAAAAGGCAUACAAAACAGGAGAAGGGAAAAGAAAGAAUACAGCAACAGACACGGUUUCCUUCAUUGCUGUUCGAGUCAAACACAAAUUGUAA